AUGAGGAGAAAGGCAGUUCAAGAUGGUUACGGCUUCAAGUGUGAAUGUACAGCAUGCAAGAACAACCUCACGCUCACACCAUCCUCUGUCACAAACUCAUUGAUGAAGACUUGGAUGUCCGAGAUCAAGAAGCAAGGCACUCCCGUCAUCGGAGUUCAAACUCCACAAGAGAUUGCAGCGUUGAGGGCAGUCGCGGCUUGGGCCAAAAAAGUUGUUGCAGAACUCAACGAGAUUGAGAUGAAGGCAGGAAUAGCAUUGUUCGGCGAAACAGUCAAUUCAGGCGGCUACCUCCCAGGACCAACUUCGCCAUUCAUGAAGAAAGAGUAUUUCGACAUUGCGUCUCCAUAUUUUCGAAGCCAGAACGUCUUCGGGCUUUCGGAGGAGUUCUCUAACAAGUACUUUGUCAGAACCAUGAUGAAACUUGUUGAGCAAACCAAGAACAUGGCCGAGUACUACGCCAAGAACGAGGACCAAUUCCAUGAGUAUUUCAAGUUACUUGGUAUUGUCACACCUGAGGAAUGA